GUGGGGGUUUUCAUCGGGGAAGGGAAAGCCUUGCAAAUAAGUUAAAUGGGCAAUCCGUUCUUCUCUGCCAACACCGCGUGCUAUCCGUAAAUCUUUACAUCUUCUCUCUCUCUCCUCAUAAAAUUCUUUUGCUGUUAAACAGAUUACUUUCUCAGACAACUAUUUAGGAUUUUCUUUAAAAGGCUGAAACCAGUAGCAUAAAACUCGGGAGACGAACACUCAAAAAGAGAUAGAAGAAAGAAGAAAGAAACAGAUAGCUCAUGCAAAAGGGAGCAAAUAGGAGUGAGACAGAUAUAUAACAUCAUAUUGUAAGUAAGUGUGUGUGAAAUGGAGGUUGGUGGUUCCAGUAGCAAUUCAUGUUUGAUAGCUUUUGGGGACAACUUUAAUGCUUUGUGUCCUACGAUGAUGAUGCCUUCGAUGACCUCUCAUAAUGCAGACAGCAAUACCCUAUUUCUCCCUCUUCUUCCCACCAACAACAAUCAAAACCUAAAUCUUCACAAAAGCCCUGGUAAUUCUUCUGUCAUGGUCGAGGAACAAAAUAACAGUGCCAAUACCAACAAUAAUCCAAGCACUGGGUAUUAUUUUAUGGAGCCGGUCUAUAGCAACAACGAUGGAGAACGGUCUUUCAAGGCAAAGAUCAUGGCUCAUCCUCAUUACCAUCGUCUUGUGACUGCCUAUGUUAAUUGUCAAAAGAUAGGAGCGCCUCUUGAAGUGGUGGCGAGACUUGAAGAAGCAUGUGCAUCUGCUGCUGCAGUGGGCCGCAAUGGCACAAGCUAUAUCGGUGAAGAUCCAGCGCUCGACCAAUUUAUGGAGGCUUACUGUGAAAUGUUGACAAAGUAUGAGCAAGAACUUUCUAAACCAUUGCACGAAGCCAUGCUUUUUCUUUCAAGAAUCGAAUCCCAGUUUAAAGCUUUCACUCAAUCCUCUAAUUCUGCUUGUCCUGAGGCAAUGGAUAAAAGUGGUUCAUCUGAAGAGGAGGUUGAUGUAAAUUAUAGUUUCGGAGACCCUCUGGCAGAAGAUCAGGAACUAAAAUGUCAGCUCUUGCGAAAAUACAGUGGAUACUUGGGCAGCCUCAAGCAGGAGUUUAUGAAGAAAAGGAAGAAAGGUAAGCUGCCCAAAGAAGCCAGACAACAGUUGCUAGAGUGGUGGAGCAGGCACUACAAAUGGCCAUAUCCAUCGGAAUCACAGAAGCUGGCACUUGCUGAAUCAACAGGACUGGAUCAGAAGCAAAUAAACAAUUGGUUCAUUAACCAAAGGAAGAGGCACUGGAAACCUUCAGAAGACAUGCAGUUCGCGGUAAUGGAUGCUGCUGCCGCUGCACAUUCACAUUAUUACAUGGACAAUGUUUUAGGAAAUCGUUUUUCAAUGGAUAUUUCACCAUCCCUUCUCUGAGAAUUCCUUGUUCUUAAAUUGAAUGCACUUGUAAAUCAAAAUGCAUUAACUGGUAUUAGUUGCAUACUCUGCUAGAAGUCUGAAAACUGAGGCUGUAAUAUUUCCUGAUUAUGGAUUUAUUUUCUUUUGCAA